AUGAUCUCAGCAAUUAUUGAAAAUAUUGAUAAACAAGAUUCAGAUAUUCUAAGUAACAGAAAAGAUCUUGAGCUUGAUUAUGCAAGCAAAAAGCCGAAAAACUUUAAACAAGGCAACAAAAGAUGGUUUAGGGCUAAGAAAGAUCUUAUGAAAUUUACUCCACAAAAGGGUAUUGAGCUCGGGAAGAAAAUUGCUCGUAAUGCAUCUAUUGGAGUUAUUUGGAUAUACGAACCAGGACUAUUAUUAGCAGAAGAAUUGGUGGCACCUUGUUUUGGUAUAAUAAGUUAUUACCCAAACGUACAAGUUACUGUAAUGAAAGGAGAAAGAUUUUUAGGCAUUAUUUGUGACGCUAGAGAGCACAAACCGAUUAAUACUGACCGAUUUAAAUGGUAUACAGCUAUAGGAAAUGAUCUUGCUUUUACUGCAAGAUACUAUGUAAAAGAAGGAGCAUACAUAAAAGAGGGUCAAGAGCUUGGCUAUCUUUCCAGGCCAGCUAGAUCUGUUGGGAGAGUAGCAAUGAAAUCUAAAGCAAGAUGCUCAGGAAUCAUUGUAUUAUGCAAAACUGGCCCAGUUAAUUCUGGAGAGGAGUUUUUAAGAAUAUCAUGUGAUGCUGCUCCAGGUACAGCCGAUGUUAAGAACAGUUUAGUUGAUCAAUCUCACACAUCUCUCCUUGAUCAAUCAGAUAUGGGAAAGAGUAUCCCAAAGCUUAGAGGUCUUGCUCAGAUUUCCCCAGAAGAGGCUAAUUAUGAUGGGGAACAGUUUAAACUUCCUCAAAUAAUGAAUUCUGGAGAAGGUCCUGUAAUUAUUGAAGAAAAUGACAAUUCUGAAAAGGAUAAAAUCCUUAAUACUGAUAAAAACACUCAAGAUUCGAAAAUAACCAAAGAAAAUGAAAAAGGAGAUAACUUUCUAGAUAGCUCAAAUACCCUUGGUGAUAGUAUUUCCUCAUCUAACUACAAUUUAGAAAUCAAUCCCAAAGCUCUUCCACCAACUUCUAAUGCUAAGAAAGGUAAUAACUUUUUUGACUUCGACUUUGAUGAAGAGGAAGAUGAUGGAAUUAAUGACGAAACUGAGUAUAAGAAAGUGAUUGAAGGUGAACAGAAAGAAAGCAAGGAUCAACCAGAAAAUGUAGAGAAAAAACUAGAAAUAGAGAUACAGGAAAAGGAAAGAUUGGAAAGAGAAAGACUUCAAGUGGAGAUACAGGAAAAAGAGAAAUUGGAAAGGGAAAGACUUGAAAAAGAGAGAUUAGAGAAAAAAAAAUUGGAAAAGGAAAGACUUGAAAGAGAGAGAUUGGACAAAUUAGAAAAAGAAAAACUGGAAAAAGAGAGACAAGAAAAUUCAGGUACAAAAAAGAAAUCUCUGUAUACAUCUCCGUCUAUCUCAGAUUCUCCUGAUCUUCACGUAAUCAUACAGAAUCACAGAGGUCUAGCGGAGCAAAAUCCCAAAAAACCAAAGGAAAAGAAUAAGGAAAAAAAGCACAAUAAAAUUGACUCUGUCAGAACUGGAGGUGGACUAGAUUUAGAUGGUUUGAGUUCUAGUCUUGUAAGUGAAGCUGAAAUCAGUCUUUUGGAUUAG